AUGGCCCACUGGAGGGGAGAGUACGCUGCCGCUUUGGCAGCUCGAGAUCGCCAUGAGAAGGCCAACGUCACAAUAUACAAUGCUUAUACCAAACUUGCCGAUCGAACAGCCUCGACGGCGGUAGAAACACCGGAUACUCCAGCCACCGCUUCCCAGCAAUCUAUAGCCCCGGCUCCAGUCGCCGAUCCCAGACAACAGGCACCUCUAGUACAAGGGCCUUCCCCACAGAAUAUUCUAUCCACGACGAGGGCAGAUCUAGCGGAAGCACAACGAUCCCGUACCGAGCUUCAAGAACGACUUGCUCGUGCAACCACAGAGCUGGAGAGGCUGCGGAAAAGAAACAGCCAUGACGCCAAACGAAUUAACUCGAUGGAGGGUGAAAUCGCCAACCUGCAACUUCGAUUAAGGGAUAGAGAUGAGGAAUUAAAGGGGAAAGCAAAGCUGUUAGAAGAAUUUCAAGACGAGCUAGCUGCGUUGAAUCUUCAAAUUAACAUGUCCGAACAGCGGGCAGAGCGUUUGCAAAACGAAAACCAUGAUCUGGUUGAUCGAUGGAUGGCCAGGAUGGGGAUAGAGGCAGAUGCCAUGAAUGAUGCUUCCAGGUUCUCGUGA